CUCUCUCUCUCUCUCUCUCAUACACCCAACACAUAAAGCAAGGGCCAUACAUACACAGAACGUCCACACACAAACCCGCUCACAAACAUUCUUUCUUUUUUGUUUUCCAGCUUUUGUAACCAGUUUCAAGAAAAGUGAAUUUUCUCUCUUUUUGAGGAUAACAGUUUUCUUCUUGCUUGCUAGCUCCUCUUGUACUCCAGUUUGUUGCAGCCAUGGAUACUGCUCAGUGGCCACAGGGAAUUGUGGUGAAACCAAUAGAAGAGAUAGUGACAAAUACAUGCCCUAAGCCUGCAGCAGCAGCAGCAGUCAAUAAUUUAGAGAGGAAGGCAAGACCUCAGAAAGAACAAGCCCUAAACUGUCCAAGGUGCAACUCAACCAACACCAAAUUCUGUUACUACAACAACUACAGCCUCACACAGCCCAGGUACUUCUGCAAGACUUGUAGAAGGUACUGGACUGAAGGUGGGUCCCUCAGAAACAUCCCAGUUGGGGGAGGUUCAAGGAAGAACAAGAGAUCAUCAUCUUCUUCAGCAGCCGCUAAUUCUUCUACAACAACAUCUUCUACUUCUUCAGCAUCCAAAAGGCUUCCUGAUCUGAUACAACCCCAAAACCCAAAGAUUAAUCAAGGCCAAGAUCUAAACCUGACUUUUCCAGCCACUAAUCAAGAUUUCAGGAAUAUUAUCUCUGACCAUUUGGUUCAUCAUCAUCAACAACAUCAUCAAUUGCCCAACAACAACAACAACAUGGAAAACAGCAACAAGCAGAACCACAUCAAUAUUUCUGCUUCUUCCCCAUCUUCUACCACCACCACCACAACAUCUCACCUCUCAGCUUUGGAGCUUCUCACUGGAUUGACUUCAAGGGGUUUGAAUUCCUUCAUGCCUAUGCCAGUUCCAGACCCCAACAACAACCACAACAACAACACUGUAUAUAGCACCACAUCUGGGUUCCCUAUGCAGGAUUUCAAGCCAACACUUAAUUUUUCCCUGGAUGGGCUUGGAAGUGGAUAUGGGAGUCUGCAAGGUGUUCAAGAGAGCAGUGGGAGGCUUUUGUUCCCAUUUGAAGAUUUGAAGCAAGUUUCAAGCACUGGAGGAGGGAUUGAGCAGAACAAGGAGCAUGGAGACUCAACUGGGUAUUGGACAGGAAUGUUAGGAGGAGGAUCAUGGUAAUUAAAAUAAGAAGAUAAGGAAAAAAAAAUCAUGGGGUCUUUUCUUUUUUCUUCUUCUUUAAUUCUGAUUUUAAACUCAUUGUUAAUCUCUCAUGGUGGGUGACUUGUUUGGAUUUCUUCAUAACUAACAGAAUAGGAUACAUGGGUUUUCUUUUAAUUAUCACCUUGCCUUGCCUUCUCUUUGUUCUUUUUGGCUUGGAAUUCUCUUUACUCUUUGAAGUAGUACAUGGUGGAUUAUUUUUUGAAGCUUAUUAUUUUAGAUUGGCUUCAAAAAAUGGGUGACUUAUUGUGAGGAUAUAGAAGCUAUGGUAUCAAGACCAGCCCAGAUUUUUUUUAGGGUAGCAAAGAGUAGAAGAGGCAUGCACUGUAUGAAUGUGCCCUUGAUUUCAUGUAAUUUCUUCUCUCACCACUAGAAAGCAAAGGGCAGCCCGCUCCCACUGUAAUGUGUAUGAUCCUUGGUUGGCUUGGUACAAUAAAUAAUUAUGUAUAAUGUGCAACUUCAUUUGUAAGGAUAUAUAUAUAUCAUGAUGGAUGAAAUAUUAGAGACUUGAUUACUUAAUUAAAGCUAAUUAAGCUUAUUUAAUGUGGAGUUGCAGUGGAUGUUUUGCAUCUGCUAUAUCUUAUGUUCUCUUAGCAGGAUUUAGUUUAAGGUCUUAUUCAGAGUACAUAGAUUCUUCCGGCCAUUACACAGGGAUCUGUCCAUGAAGAAGCAGCAAGUGGGAGAAGAAAAGCUAGCUAGAGAUAUAUGCAGCCAGGUAAGAAUCCUCUGAUUCUUCCACAUGACUUGGUAAUAAAGUACUCUUCAAAAAAGCAGCUUCCCAUGUUCAAAUUAGAACCACUGAAACCUGCCUCAAACCAAAAGCUUACCUACUGACUAUAUCCAAACAGUCUUCAUUUCCAGGAACGAUCAUUGCUUCCAUGCCACCCCUCUUUUUUAUUUUAUUUUGUCCAAGUGAAAGAUUGAGAAAAAUCUGACAAACCCUUCUUUCCUUGGUCUUGGUUGGGACCCACAAACAUUCCCCUUGGCAAGUGUGCUAAAGGAAGAAUAAUACACCCCACUAAGUUGAUCCA